ACUCGUAGACUCGUAGUUCGCAAAUCUCAUUCCUAAUCGCGCGAACUCGCAGAAACGACGAGCACCUAGGUCUGUGGCCUCUCACGUCUCUCUCUGUAACCCUGACUCACUCUGCGGUUUCUCUUUUUAGAGGAAACGAGAAGCUAACAAGAUGCUGCCACAGCGGAUGAAAAAGGCUAUGACAGACAACCCAAAGAAAUUAGCCAAUUUGAUUGACCUCGUAAAUCUCCCUUCAACACUUAGAGAAUUCAUGGGUCAGUCACAGACUUCUCGCUUAGGUUGUUUUAAACGUGUCUGGUCUUACAUCAAGGAAAACAAUCUCCAGGUAUUAACCAUAUUAGUAAGCCGCAUCAAUUAGAAAAUAUCAUGGUUGAUAGCUCUUCCGUCCCAUUUUAUAUUACAUUGUUGAACUUAUUUUGAAGUUUAAAAUGUUAUUUGACUUGCAUAUAACAUUAUUGAUCGUUGAAGAAUGUUAAAUUAAUGGUUGUAGAGUUGUUUUUGAUAAGAGGCGGAUUCAUGAUUUUAAGUUUAUGGGUUCCGGAACACAACCCUUUUGAUUAUUGGGUUUUGGAUAGAUUACAUAAAAUGGAUUUCGUAACACAAAUACCUGAAUUGCGCGAAAGUUAUUUUUUUUUCCUGCUAAACCUGUAGCUGAAACUGUAGACACGCCUGGUUUUGGUAGAGAACAUCAUAUCAAGGUUUAA